AUGGAGGCUUGGGAGCGAGUCUGGGGUCGAUUGGACGAAGAUCGGACGAAUGGCGAGGUUUCAAGGAAGCCGCACGAGCAGACCAGGGCAUCACACGGCCGUGCAAGUGAGCAAAGUGGUCGUGUGAUUUUUGCCGAGGCCACACACGGGCAACCCAUGAAAUCCACACGGCCGUGCCACCCUGGCCGUAGCACCCUCAAGGCCUGGGCUGGCAAGGAGGAGAACUGGAAGAAGGCACAUGAUGCUUUGCUCACCAGGUGCAAGGCCAACUCCGAGGCAGUGCUCGGGAAGUACAAGGGAGAUGCUACCCCUGCCGAGGGCGCUUCGGAGAGCCUCCAUGUCAAGGACUACAAGUACUGA